AUGGGCUUUUCUCCAUUUUUCAUUGAUCUGAUUUGGAGGCUGUUGGCAAAUAAUUGGUAUUCUGUUCUUCUAAAUGACCAGGCUCAUGGUUUCUUUCACUCUACAAGGGGUGUCAAACAAGGGGAUCCACUCUCUCCUGCUCUUUUCAUUAUUGCUGCAGAAGUCCUAUCAAUGGCACUAAAUUCUUUAUUUGAUCAGCCUGGAUUUGUGGGAUAUGGGAUGCCAAAGUGGAGUGCUGAUUUGAAUCAUCUGGCAGAUGCAGAUGAUACAAUCAUUUUUUCUGUAGCAGAUAACCAAUCUUUACAGAUGAUCAUGGAUACUCUUCAGGAAUAUGAGAAAGUAUCUGGACAGCUGAUAAACAAGAGCAAAAGUUCUUAUUAUAUGUUCAGCAAAGUAUCACAUGAAUUAAGUCAGCAGGUUGCAACAGUAACAGGAUUUGUGAGAGGUCAAUUUCCUUUUACAUAUCUUGGAGUACCAAUCACUCAUGCCAGGAAAAGGAAAGUGGAUUACACCGAAUUAUUGAAGAAAGUCAAAGACAUAUUACAAACCUGGAAAGGCAAGUUGCUGUCUUAUGGAGGAAAAGCAGUGUUGAUUACAAGUGUCCUUCAAAGUAUUCCAAUUCAUGUUUUAUCUGCUAUAAGGCCUCCUAAAUGUGUUAUAAAGGAACUAGACAGGAUAUUUGCCAGGUUCUUUUGGAAUAAUAAGGAGGAAGGAAGAUGCAGACACUAG